ACACGACGGUCGACGAUUUGUGCGGCGCGGAACAGUGUCGAGCGAAAUAAAUUCUUAUCAAAAAAGGGAAAGACCUUUCGCCCAGCCUAGUGCGUGCAGGAAAGUGUGCACCGUCAUCAGCACCUUGCGCGUCUAGUGUGCAUUCUGUUCUUACAUAAGUCAAUCAUAUUGAAUCGAACCCGAUCCGCCAGGGAACAGUGCACUUUUUUUUCCUGCUGCUCCUGCUCGCCACCGAAAGUAUCCUUCAGAAUAUCGUCUAGAGUAGAAAGUGCAGUCCGUGUGCGCGUCUUUCACUUGUUUUUUUUUCGUCCCAUUGAGUGUGCGAAAGGAAAUUACACCGUUUGCUGCGACCGCAAUUCAAUCGCCAGCAGCGAACAACUGCCCAGCCAGUGGUUGCAGGUUGUGGGCAUCGCCACCCACCCCCUCCCGUUGUGUGUCCGUGUUGGAAAAGAAUUUGCCGCAUCGGCCAAAAAACGUCUGGAAGCGGUCGUGUUGCAAAAGUGGAUUAAAGACACGCAUCGUAUUGCGUGCAGUGAAGCUACAUCCAGCUAGAAGCGGUGUGCCUAUGUGUUUAUUGUACAGUGCGUUGCUCUCAAUGGACACUGGCGGAAUCGUUUGAACGCUUCGCUUGUUCCGGCUAUUGAAUAACUUUGGGUGACCUGAUAACAAGUGACCGGAAAGGGCAACCAAAUAAGCGGAAGCAUAAAAGUGAUUGCUUGCGCUUCUGAUUAGAAUCGUGGUAACAGCAAAGCAUACGGGGGCUCCGUAAUUUUCAAUCAUGAAUUUCCUUCGCUUUGGCCAAUCGGCCGACAUCGAUAUCAUCUUCGACGGCGCCGAGAACCGCCAGCAGGCGGAAAUCAAAACAGAGGACGGCAAGAAGGACAAGUACCUGCUGUAUUAUGAUGGCGAAACGGUGGGCGGAAAGGUGAACAUUACGCUGAAGAAACCGGGCAGCAAGCUGGAACAUCAGGGUAUCAAAAUCGAGCUUAUCGGUCAGAUUGAACUGUACUAUGACAGGGGCAACCACCACGAUUUCCUCAGCCUCGUGCGCGAGCUGGCCCGCCCGGGCGAUCUCAUUCAGAACACGUCAUAUCCGUUCGAGUUUGCGAACGUAGAGAAACCUUACGAAGUUUACGUCGGUUCGAACGUACGAUUACGAUAUUUUCUUCGUGUAACGAUCGUUCGCCGUUUAAGUGACAUCGUGCGUGAGGUGGACGUUGCCGUGCAUACGCUUUCGAGCUACCCGGACACGAACAGUCCGAUCAAGAUGGAGGUUGGUAUCGAGGACUGUUUGCACAUCGAGUUUGAGUACAACAAGAGCAAGUAUCAUCUGAAAGAUGUAAUUGUUGGAAAAAUCUAUUUCCUGCUGGUGCGCAUCAAAAUAAAACAUAUGGAGAUAGCGAUUAUCAAGCGGGAGCAGACCGGUUCGGGUCCGAACAUGUACACCGAGAAUGAAAUCAUCGCCAAGUACGAAAUUAUGGACGGUUCACCGGUCAAGGGCGAAAGCAUACCGAUACGCGUGUUCCUCGCCGGGUACGACCUCACCGUGACGAUGCGCGAGAUCAACAAGAAGUUUUCGGUGCGCUAUUUCCUCAAUCUGGUGCUAAUUGACACCGAGGACCGGCGGUACUUCAAACAGCAGGAGAUCACGCUCUGGCGCAAGGCGGAAAAGACACGCAAAUCGCUCACGCCCUCGCAGGCGGCUGCCAUAGCGGCCGCGCAGGGUGGUGGGGCCGCUAUCGGCGGACUGGCACCGGGUCAGCUGGCGGCGGUGACGGGCUCAAGCAACAAUCCCCACAUACCUCACCACCUGGUGGGGCAGGGUACGAUGAGCUCGCUCGGAUCGAAGGAUCUAACUGGCGGGGGUACCGGUGUUUCCCUCCUCGGGGACGGAAGUGCCGGUGAGGAGGACGAGGGCAACGUGAAGCAGCGGCCAGACGAGUCCAACCCGAUAAUGGGAUUGUUUACGGAGGAUAGUUCACAAGCCGAUCUACGGCCGAAACCGACGGCACGGCAGCGAAGCGUGGACACAUUGCCGUCAAGCAGUGAUCAGUUGCCCGAUAGCAGCUCCCGAUCGGCCGGAGUUAAUAGCAACCUGAAAUCCGGCGAACUGCCUCUUCACGUGGAACCGGAUGAUGAUUCGUCCCCGCAAUUAGAAACCCCGCAACCCCAACAACCGCAAUCACAACAACAGCAGCAGCAGCAACAGCAACACCUGCAUCGUGAAGCAGGUGACGGAGCCGCUUCAAUAUCGCAAACCACUGACGAAGAAACAUCCUCCCUGUUCGAUGCGAACGAUCUGAGCUUCAAUGCGGCUCCAAGCAGCAGUAAUACGCCAGCGGCGGCGACAGCGGCUACGUUGUCGGUCACUGCCACCUCGACGGCUGCGACCGAUCCGACGUCCUCCCCGACGAUCAGCAGUUCCGUCAAGCAGGAAGAUGAGCCACCACUUGUUGUGGAUGACAACGGGGCAGUGCCACCGGUGGUCUCGCCCAGACGACAGCCGGACGAAUCGUUGUCCGUGACCGACAAUAUACCGGUCAGCACAACGAACGACGCUGGCAACGUUGCUGGUGCACCAGCAUCCCCGAUAACAACCAGCUCAGCAUCGCCCCAGCCUCAGCCGAGCGCAAAACCGGCCAAACCGCGGAAGCCAGUGCUCGAAUAAAAAACGGUAGAUGAUUCCUGCAUCGCAUCUACUACUAAUUAACUAACGGCUAUCUCGCGCGGGAAGAAAGCAUUUCCUUCUCCAUCCUCCUCCUGACUCCUAGCCAAUAGUUGAAGAACACCCUGUCCUUCGUAAACGCCGGCAUCAUAGGAAACUAAGCGCCAACGCAAACGCAUUGUUUCAUGAUUUUUUCGUUCGAUCGUAGAUGGCCGGAAAUCAACAAUGUGUGGUGUAAAAUAAGAUUGUAUGUUUUUUUUUGUUGUAGGACAAAAAAUAUCAAACCCCAACUGCAAAAGCAAUUUGAAUAACGAUCGGUGUAAUUUGCGAAAGGGACCGGACGGUGUGAAAGCAAGUAAAGCCAAUUUUGCGGACACAAAUUGAAUCGUAUUGUGAUCAAGAUAAACAACCGGAAGCAAAUAAGAAGUUGUCGUGGUCCUUCGGGACAUUGACAAACGUUCACUAACAACAAGUAAAAGUAAAAAUCUAUUUUAAUGUGAUGGUGUUGGAAAACGCCUAGCGAAAGAGGAAAACAAUCUAGGCUGCGUUGGAAAUGCGUUUCCGGGUUCUUGGAUUGCCCCGAAACGUUUCAGGUUGGAUCCGAGCUUUCAUGAUCGCGGAUUAAAAUAACAGCACCCGGCCACUCCUUGGUCUCAUGAACGAUCUUUAUUUUCGAUUCGUACUUUCGCACCAAAAAACGACGCAAAAGUCGCAAACGAAAACAGAAAAGAAAUAUAAUUGUAACCAAAAUUAAAAGUCAUACCUCCCCUCUCUUGGAUGGUGGCUCUUUUUUUAUGUAGUCAAUUUUCGGCACGUUUAUAAAGAAAGUUUAGGUAUCGCGGAAUUGUAAAAUCCGCCUAGUGCAACGACGACAGGGGGGAGGCGGCAUAGGCCGUCAAUAAUUAAUUUGUAAUCUGCUUUU